AUGCCAAACAUCAAGUUACAAUCCGCCGAUGGUGAGGUCUUCGACGUCGAGAUCCAGCUCGCCAAGUGUUCCAACACGAUCAAAACCAUGCUGGAGGACCUGGGCAUGGAUGAGGACGAUGGCGAAGUGGUACCCCUACCGAAUGUGAACGCCACUAUCCUUCGGAAGGUUCUAGAGUGGGCCACGUAUCAUAAGGACGAUCACCCAACAAUGCCACACGAAGAGGAAACCCAGGAGAAACGCACCGACGACAUAUGCUCGUGGGAUCGUGACUUCCUUCGGGUCGAUCAGGGAACACUAUUCGAGCUGAUCUUGGCCGCCAACUAUUUGGACAUCCGAGGCCUGCAGGACGCAACUUGCAAAACGGUGGCCAACAUGAUCAAGGGUAAAACGCCGGAUGAAAUCCGGAAAACGUUCAACAUUCAGAACGAUUUGACGCCGGAAGAAGAGGAACAAAUCCGCCGAGAGAACGAAUGGUGCGAGGAGAAGUGA